CCCUGCAAGUAUUUCAACUGCCCUGGGCAUGGUUUUAAUUGGUGCAAGUGGGAACAGUAAAAUUCAGAUUGAAAAGGUUCUACACCUUGCUCAAAUUCCUGGAGAAGCAGGGCCACUUGAUUCUGAAACAAAAGUGGCACAGCUUGUGCCAGAAUCUGUGAGACAAGACAUACCUCUUCCAGCAGAAGGGACAAUUUAUUCAGAGUUCAAGCAACUCCUACUUCAGCUGAAUAACCUCAGCCAUGGUUACCAGCUAAAGCUGGCCAAUAAUUUGUUUAUGCAGAAAGGAUAUCAAUUUCUUCAGCAAUAUCUCACAAGUACUAAAGAAAUCUACAAUGCUGUGCUGCAGAUAGUGGAUUUUUACAGUGCUGCUGAAGAAACAAGGAAGACAAUUAACCUUGAAAUUUACAAGCAGACCCAAGGAAACAUUAAGGAACUUUUUGCUCCUGGUGUGAUUGGACCACAAACGGUGCUGGUGCUGGCAAAUGCCAUUUACCUUAAAGCAACUUGGCAACAUCAAUUUGAUCCGAAGUAUACAACUGAAAGAAAUUUUAGGCUGAAUGAGAAUGAAACUAAAUCUGUCCAUAUGAUGUAUCAGAAAGGGAUAUUUAAACUGGGACACACAGAUGGAAAAAAUGCCCAAAUCCUCUGCCUUCCAUACGUUGGUGAACUUUUGUCCAUGAUCAUAAUAUUACCAAAUGACAUUCACCAUCUGGAGAAGGUUGAGGCUGCCAUGACCUGCAAGAAUUUAACAAGCUGGCUUUCUCCAGGAAACCUGAGGGAGCAUCAUGCGGAAAUAUAUAUACCUCGCUUCAAGUUAGAAGCCGGCUAUGAUCUCAACCUGAUGUUGCAAGGAUUGGGCCUCAUCGAUGUAUUCAGUGAAGCAAAAGCAGACCUCUUGGGAAUGUCACCUUCCCGCCAACUCUUCUUGUCCACAGUUGUUCACAAAGCUUAUGUGGAUGUCAAUGAAGUAGGGACGGAAGCAGCAGCUGCAACAGGUGUUGCAGUCUCCAACAGGAGCUUAGAACACUAUGAAUUAUUUGUGGCUGACCAUCCCUUCCUCUUCUGCAUUCUGCAUAAUCCGACAGGCACGAUUCUUUUCCUUGGGAAACUCUGCAGUCCUUGAAAUUCAAACAAGUAUCUUUUUUUUUUCUUGAAGCUUAUUAAAGUGUACUCCAAGCCACACAUUUCUCUGGAAUAACUUGAUUAUAAAAUGGCAGUUAUAACGCACCUUGAA